AUGGAUUCAAAUAAUAAUCAACAAAAUGAGGCAAAAAAACUAGAAAUCAAAAAUUUCUCAUAUGAAAUAGUAAGUUCAUAUCCUUCAAAAGGACAUUCUUAUGCAAUGGCAUUCAAUCAUGAUUGUUCCUUAUUAAUAGCUGGAUUUGAAUCAUAAAUCCAUAUCUAUGAACAUAAAGAAGGAGUUCUAAUACAAAAAUAAAUAUUGAGAGAACAUUUAUACUAAGUCAACACAUUAAAGUUUUUUGAAAAAUCCAAUCUCUUCAUUUCUUCUUCUUCAGAAAGUGUCAUCAUAAUUUGGUCCAUUGACUCUAAUAAUUAGUGGAUUCCUUAAUAAAAACUAUUAGGACAUACUAUUUAGAUUAAUUGUUUAGAACUUAAUCAAAAUGAAGAUUUAAUAGUCUCAGGUGCUUAUGAUAAAACAAUCAAAUUUUGGGAAAAAUAAAAUUAAUGGAUUUGUUAAUAAACUAUUUCCAACUAAUGUGGUGCUGUUUAUUAAUUAAGUUUUAAUGAUUCUUAAAAUUAACUUAUUUGUUGUUCAGAUGAUCCAUUAAUUUUGAUUUUGUAAAUGUCAUAGAAUGAUUAAUAAUGGAUAGUUUUUUAGAAAAUUAAAUUAGAUUAAAUUGGGUAUCGUCUUUGUUUUAUUGAUGAUUACCUUUUUACAAUUUAACUUACUCAAGGAAAACUAUAAUUCUUUGAAUCUGAUUAAGAAAUUAAAACAUUCAAGUUAAAAACAGAAUUGAAAUUAAAGUCUGAUAGCCCUUAAGACCAAAAUAUAUUUUUUCCAUUACAAUAUAUAAAAACUAAAAGAUUACUUGUAAGUAAAAAUUAUUAAAAUGUUCAUUUAAUUCGGAUAAUGGAAAAUUAUUAAUUUCAUCCUGUAUAAUCUAUUUAAUAUGAUGGCACCGCAAUAUUUGGUUGCUUAAGCAAAGAUGGAGAGUAUUUGAUCACUUUUGAUGGAGAAAUAGAUAUGUAUAAUAACAAAUAAGUGGGCUCAUAUCAACUUAAAAUUAGAAAAGUCAAAGACUUAUGA